AUGGCGCCUGACGAGAGGUCGAGGUUCACUGGGGACACUCGCCUGUCCUCAUCGGGCAACGUGAGAACGAACAGGUGGGAUAACUAUUUUGCUGGAGUCGGAGCUUGUGGCGGGACUAUGUGGCAAAUGUUUGUAUCAACUAUUUCUAAUUGUUGCGUGCUUGUAGCUGAUCUCCAGCCCAAACGAGGAAAUUCUCUGGACAUACCACCCAGUUACCGGCGUCGAAUGUCAAGAGGACAAGCUAAACAAGUGCCAAGCGCGGGACUGUUUUGGGGCGUGAUCCAGGUAUCUGGUACGCCGACGAAACUUUCCUGCGAGCCACAGUGUUCCGGGGCUUCCCCAAGAUUUCAAGGUAUCGGUGACCCGGGAUUCGCAGGUUGCCCAGGCGGCUCAGAGGUACCUUUACCUGGAACCACCGCCCGUGGCUGA